AUGAUCAACAAUCACGGUUGGUCUAGAGCACUUGAGAUUCUUACAAACAAUUUGUCAUCAAUUAAAACAGAUGUCUCACGUUUAAAGUUAUUAAAAGUCAAAUAUGAUAUUCAACAAAAACAUCUCAAAUCAAUGAAAAACUCAAUAACAACAUCUUUAAAAUCUGAUCUAGAAUCCUUACAGAUAUCUUACUUUGCUACUAUCACAGAAAUUACUCAUUUAGAAAAUAUUUUGAAUCCAUGGAAAGAAAAUGAAAAAUUAAUGAAAGAAUUAGUUAAUGUGAGAGAAAAGGAUAUAAAUGUCGAAUUAACACUAGAAACAUGUUAUCGAUUUCAAAUGCAUAUAAUUAACAGUCGAUUGUCACGCCGUGAACAAGAUAUUCCGGAUGAACGUGUCAAAAAUGAUUUUACACCAGAUAAAUGGCAAGUUGAUUUUCUCAACGCUGACGAUGAAAAAACAUCUAUCAUUAUACCAGCACCAACAGCAUCAGGUAAUUGUAACUCUAUGCAUUUCGAUCUAUUUAUACGGGAGGAUGAUUUUUUAAAAUAA